CCCUGGCUUGGCUCUGGCUUUGCUGUUGCUCGCCUUGUAUAGCUCGCUUGUCGUGGACGUUAGAUUGGUGUAGUGUUUAUUUAGAUGGCUUUCUUUGGUGUAAAAUAGUUAUAUGACAAUAGAUAAAAUUCAAUAAACAUAUGAAAAAUGCCACCGUGUAUAGCUGCUUCAUUUUCCAUGUUUUUUGUGCAAUAGUGCAACAGGCUACACGGGAACUCUUGAGAAAGCUCGUGUAAACAAGAGAACAUUUUGAUUGCAAGAUGCCCACGGACUCGGAAUGUGAGUGCGACCUGGUGUCAAAGGAAUGGUUGUUGGCAAAAUUGCGCUCCGACGAGAGAGACACUAUUUUGAUAGACUGUCGAGGGUCGAACGAGUAUGCUAUGUCUCACAUACGGUCCGCUGUUAACUUCUCAAUACCAAGUAUAAUGCUGCGGCGGCUCGCUGCGGGUAAGAUCGACCUGUGCUCGACAGUACAAUGCAAGGAGUUGAAAGCGAGAAUCGCUCACUGCCGUACCAGGGGCACGUUCGUGUUAUACGGGGAUGGAGCCCCGCGGAAUCCUGACUCGGUCCACGGCAUCUUGCUGAAGAGGCUCAAGCAAGAUGGAGUGCAAGUCGUCUGCCUUGAAGGUGACUUCACGGAGUUUCACCGAACUUAUCCGGAGUGGUGCAGCGAGGCCGGCGCGCAGCACGUCCCGCACCUGCCUCUUAUGGGAUUACGGUCUCUACGCAUCUCGGGGUCGGGCUGUGAGGAGGCGCUGUCAUCCGGCUCGUCUUCGGAGUGCGAGGAAGCGCACACGCACGUCACUCAGGAGUUCCCCAUCGAGAUCCUACCCAAUCUGUACCUGGGCAAUUCUUCCAACAGUGAGGACUGUGAUGCACUAGCCAGGCACAACAUUAAGUACGUUUUGAACGUGACUCCGGACCUGCCAAACACGUUCGAGGCGGACGGCUGCGGCAUCAACUAUCUAAAAAUUCCCAUCGCUGACCACUGGAGCCAGAACCUCGCCGUGCAUUUUCCACAGGCCAUACGAUUUAUCGAAGAGGCGAUGUCAGCGCGGUGCGGCGUGCUGGUGCACUGCGUCGCAGGCGUGUCGCGCAGCGUUACGGUGACGCUGGCGUACCUCAUGCAGCGCCACCGGCUGUGCCUGCGCGACGCCUUCGAGCUCGUCCGCAGCCGCAAGACCGACAUCGCGCCCAACUUCCACUUCAUGCGCCAGUUGCACUCCUUCGAGCGCGACCUCGGCCUCCACGAGCACAGCGCCAGCCUGAGUAAGGUGCUGGAGGAGCUAGGCGUUGAGCCGGUGCUGCCGGACUCGGGCGUGAGCAGCGCGCUGGGCUCGGGCGUGGCGCGGCCCACGCCGCUGCGCGCGCCCCCCUGCGGCUGCGCGCCGCCGCUGGGCGUGUCGCCCGACUCGGGCAUCGAGUUCGACCGCUGGAGCGCCGCGCGCGACACGCCGCAAUGACAGUUCUUCACGCCGCCGCUCGACUCCGCGCCGCAGCCCGAGUGAGCGCCCGCUCCCCCGCUCCCCCCUCGCCCGCUCGACCGGCAGGUGUUCGCCUCCAGGCGGCACCUCGUAGUGUUAGCUAGACGGACUAGGACGUAGGCCCGCUUUCGGGAAACGACGCUGCCGAUGCGAUAGUACAAAGAAUCGUGAUUAUAUUUAUACCGAGCUGUUUUAACGGGGGAGAGACAGCGUUCAGAGUACAAGCCGCGGUUACGGUUUAUAGUUAGUUAUUUUAGGUAGGACGGUAGCGGUGCGGGCCCGGUUAGGCUAGAGCGUCCCGCGAGCGAGCUAAGGGAAGCGAUAAGUAUUACACUUUUGUAUUUACCCAGUACUUUGUUUGAUAGCACGUUACAAAAGUAUAGUCGUUCGAGCACGCUACAAACUCUUUUUCACUCUUAUAAAUUACAUUACGUCGUAGAUAACUUAGACGAGCACUUAAAAUAUUACAGAAAAACUAAUCUGUUUAGUGCCACAAAUCGUAUGUAAUCUUAAGUGAAAAUGGAUAUAGUAAUAACUAUGUAUGAAACGUACUUUACACUUAUGGUUUAAGUCAAUUUUAUAAGUUUGAUAUCAUUAAAUAUAUAUUUAGGAUAUGAGUACACAAUUGAAAUGCAUUCCCGAAUCUAUCUUCCACUACGCUGUGCAUUUUGUGUCCAUUCGAAUUUAUUUUGAAGAUUUUUGAAAAUUGUAUAUUUUUAUUGUUUAACUUAGGUAGAUUGUGGUCUUCGUCGGAAUAAUCUCAACGGCAAGGAUAUAAGUUAGGUACCUUCUGGUAGUGCCACCAAGUGUGGAGCUGCCAGUUGUAGCUCGAACCACCACUUGACUCAACUCCUAAAUGUUUGUUUGUUUAAUCCACCAAUAUAACAAUGUAAUUGUGUUACGUAUACUAUUCUAUGGGGUAGUUUGACAUAGAACUAUUUGUUACAAACAGUGAAUAAAUGAAUAAAUAAUACAUAGAAAGUUAUGACUAGAAACAGGGCUUCUAAUGACUCUUCCAUUGUUGUUGAUAUAUGUAUAUGUACGUUUAUCGUAGUGUAUGUUAGUGGGAGUGAGAAUGUGUGAAUGUGAUAUAUCGAUAAGAAAAUUUAUUAUAAAAUAUAGUUAUUUACAUUUUGUAACGACACUGACCAUUGAGACACAGUUCGUUUGAACGUUGUUUCUUGUAAAGCUAAUGUGACCGACAGUCGCUCAUAUUUUAUUUCUAAAUGUUAUGAUAUUGUAACUAAGAGUAUAUUCUUUAGUCUAAUAUAGAGAAAAAAUUAUAACAGUUUAUUUUUCUAUCAAUCUUCGGCAAUAUUUAUGGUGGACUCGAAUGUGCUCAUAUAGGUGGUGAACAUUGAACAACUAAUUAUUGUAAAAUGGUUAACGAGUCUUGCUAGUAAAUGAGUAUUUUUAUAUGGAUUAUAUAACAAUAAAAGUUAUAUAUAGAUAGUUACAUUAACUGAAAGAAUAUGGAGAAUCUUUUUAUAAGUUUACGU